CUUUCCAUUAACUUUUCAAGGAUUAGAUUUACAUCUCAAUCAUCUAAGGCUCUUUCCCUACUCUUAAAUUUCUAUGUAUAACAGCUGCAUGAAACCCUGAAAAUUUCUUAUCUUAUUCUAAUUUCUUAUCUAACAACGUUCUUAAGUUAAGGAAGGUUGUCCUAAGGAUACAAAAAAAACUACGAUGAUCGGGCUGCUUCGUUUAAGUGCACCACCAAAGACCUGUUAUUUUCUCUUCUAAGUCUUUUUUCGUUUUUUAUUGUUUUUGCAAAGUCGGAAAUCAUUAACUUUUAACAUUACAGAGUGGAUUAAUUGAAUUGCUAUAGCUUUUGUACUGACGAAAAGAUUGCAUCUAUGUUUUGUCUAACGAGAGCGAAUUUUUUAUAAAUUACAAAGCAUUCAGCUUUCAGUUUUUUCGGAAAAAUUUUCACUGUUAUGGAAAUCAAACAUGAAGAAAAGGAAAGCCACAUGUGGCUAUUGUUAGGAUAGCCAUAACAUAAGACUGGGUCUAUUCUAUAAUGACUUUUGUCGUGGUUGUGACUCUACGGAUGAGGAAGAAACUCUACAUUGCUUAACAGAAAAUUCAAAAUCUUUAGGCCCCUUUUUCUUACCGGCUUGACAAAACAGUUAGGGACUGUCACAUUGGUUCAACCUUGAAUGGGAAGUCGUGCCUUUAGGUGUUGUUCAUGCGCCGUAUAUGAACAGCAUUAAUCCGUGGCAUCACAACAGACCAUUAUUUGAGCUCAAGUGGGUUUAAGGCACAAAGCGGUACUCCAACAUAACCUUAUCUAGGACACUCGAACACUUCAAUGUGAAUAAAUCUUUGAUGUAUUAAAUCGUCGCAAGUUUUAAGAUUAUAUUACAAAAUGUUAAAGUGAUGGUCGAAAUAAAUCAAUUUCGCCGGCAGAAGUAACUUGUAAAUUUAAGACUACAAUUUAACAAAAUCUGUACCAGGUGAGAAACAAUAACUGUUCAGCUGGAAGUAUUGAAAACAACUAGAAUUUACUUUACAGGAGAUCAUAUGAAAAUUUGGACAUUCAAUACAAAAAAAUUAUGAAAUGUGCUCUAAAACUAUGUGCAACUAAAUAUUUCAGUGAAAGAGAGUCGACAGUUCAACACGAUUAUUUACUAUCAUACGAAACAGGUGCCAACCAAUAAAAUGUUAAGAGACAACGUUUCACCCUCAAAAUCUGGAAAACUACAUCGUAAUGAAAUUAUGAAGGCGUCAUAAUGCCUACUGAAAGCACUUCACUGUUGGAACAAUUUAUGCAAUCACCACCAUUACCGUCUGCAUCUGGAUCUUCGGAACCACAUACUGCGGCCAGUCGUGGUGGAGAUAAUAAUGCUGUUACGGUUGUACCGUACGAAGCGCAAUUAGCAUAUCAACAUCAUUUAGCCACAGGUCUUAUAUCAAGUAAUGUUCAAUCAGCUCAUCAUCAUCGCGAAAUUUCUGCAUUUGUUCCGGUAAUGCCUUCAAGAAAUCCAAUGCGUGGACAAGGUGCUGCACUAUAUAGUAGCAUGCUGGACUCAACAGCAGCUAGCUGUGAGGGAAAAGAUAGUAAACGAGGCUCAAAUUUUGAAAUAAUUGCAAUGAUGGCUGAUAAAAGAAAGGAAUUGGCAUUAAGAGAAGCUGCUGCUGCUUUAUUAAUGCCACGUCCAACACAACCACCUCCACCAGGUGUUCCGUCUACUGUUAUGUAUCCUCCACCGUAUCUUAGCGGCCCUGGCCCAUCACCUACAGCUGCUGGCUCAUUUGCUUUUCCAUCACCAGCUGCUGCUGCUCUAUUUCCGCCUGGUAUACCACCUAAUAUGCAUGCUGGACUUGAUCGGCGCUUACUACGUGCUCCAGGCCGUGCAUCGCGCCCUAAAAAACAAUUCAUAUGUAAAUUUUGCAAUCGUCAGUUCACUAAGUCGUAUAAUUUACUUAUACAUGAGCGAACGCAUACCGACGAAAGACCCUAUGCUUGUGAUAUUUGCAAUAAAGCUUUUCGACGACAAGAUCAUCUACGUGAUCAUAGGUAUAUACAUUCAAAGGAGAAACCUUUUAAGUGCACGGAAUGCGGAAAAGGAUUCUGUCAAUCUCGUACAUUAGCAGUGCAUAAAAUACUCCACAUGGAAGAAUCACCACAUAAAUGUCCAGUUUGCAGUCGCAGCUUUAAUCAACGUUCUAAUUUGAAAACUCAUUUGCUGACGCACACCGAUCAUAAACCAUAUGAGUGCUCAUCAUGCGGGAAGGUUUUUCGUCGAAAUUGUGAUCUGCGUAGGCAUGCCCUUACACAUUCUGUUGGUGAAGUUGAUGGUCCUUCAGAAUUUGUUGACGUAGGCGAAGAAGACGAUAGCCGUAACAUAAGUGGUGACGAAGAAGACUCAUUACUUGAGGUUGAUUCUCCAAGGCAAUCACCAGUACAACGUGUACUUAAUGUUUCAUCCUCCUUAAAUAAUUUAACUACAGAAAAUAGCCUUAACGAAAAUGAGAAGUGUGCAGCAAAUGAAAAACGCACGGCAAUGAAACGUAAGGCACACUUUGAAGGUGUUGAAGACUCCGAUGAUUCUGAUGAUGAACUGAUUAAUGACGACAAUAUUGUUGAAGCAGAGGACUUAAUCGAAGAUGAAGAAGAAACUGAAUUGUGCGUUGAUACUGCUCAAGAAGAAUUAUUCAUUAAGAAACCUCAAAAACAAGGUGUUACACACUGUCAUCAUGAGGGUGGUGAAACAUAUACAAUGCGGCCUAAUUUAGAACGUGACCAACGUAGUCAUGAACAUGAAAUGGUAUUAAGUAAUGGUGGUAGUCAGAUAACAAAUGCAAUUGCUUCAGCUUUUAUGAAUUCUAGCCCUAGUAGUCGCUAUAGUGCUAUGCGGGCAUUUCAAACAACAGAUGAAAAUUUAGUUAUCCCACCAAGAAAUUCAGGCUCUAAUCCAUAUAUACCGGUGCUACACGUACGAAGAGACCUUCACUCUAAGCAUCUUCUAUUCCCAAGUACAGAUAUAAAAUCAAAAACGUUAUCACCUCCACAGCAUCAACAACUGCAGUCAUCUUUUUUAAAUACUGCAAAAACAUCGAUGCCCACUCAACCGCUGCAUUCACCUCUAGAUGUAAUGCCCAGCUUUCUGGGCUCAAUACCACUCCGAAAACGUUCAUCGGGCAUAAUAGACCUAGAACACGUACAAAAUAUUAAUCAAAAGUCCUACAGCGACAAUAUAAGUGUUGUAGCACUGAAUAUGGCGCGACACACACAUGCACAAUCCACAAUAAAACAAAUUCAGGGACAGACUCAACAUUUCAAUAUGUUAGUGACCUCAAAGGGAUCAAGGGAAUUAUUUUCAAAUCAUGAAACCUUAGAUAGCAUUCCUAGCAAAACUGCUAUGACAAUCAAUACUGGAGCUUCUGUAUCAACAUUGUCCUCAUCGUCAUCAUCACUAUCUUCAACUCCAUCGCCUUCAUUAACUUUUGCAGGUAGAGAUAGAUCUGUCGCAACGAAAAGUAGAAAAGAAACCGAAGAAAGUGAAACAAGAGAAACAACUGAUGUGAAACCAACAGCAAUACCUCUUUUAUCCAAUUCCAAUUCAUUAACCAAUACUCAGAAAAUGUCAACAUCUAAAAACGACACAAAUUCAGCAACACCUUCAUCACAACAAAAUCAACCGGCUCGACGUACUGGCUUUAGUAUUGAAGACAUUAUGAGACGCUGAUAUUCAUUAAAGCUUAGCUUUACUAAAUGUUGAAUUACUUGCAUAUUAAAAGCUAACAUUUUUUUAAAACGCCUUUUUCCACUCAGUCGUGGAAUACUCGUAUAGCCUCAACAAUUCAUAUAGAUAUCACUGGUAUGUUAUAUUAACUGCCAAGAGUAUAAUGAACAUUUUAUAAUACAAAUACAUGACUACUUUGUAAGUUGAUAUGUACUAAGUACUAUUACUUACUAAACAUAAUACAUAUACACAUAUUACAGUUAGUUAACAAUUUUGUCUAUAAUUCAGUCUGCAUGUGCGUAUCUACUUAAUUGAUUUUUACUGCUGGUAAAGAAACUAUAAUCAGAGAGUCAGCAAAAAUCUUUUAUGUUUAGCUAUCCAUAAUUGAUUAUCAAAAUUCUGACCGAUUACACAUACUAAGGAAAUCUACAUAAAAAGAAUAUCAAUUGUGUGUAGCAGCUUUAUGUCUGAGACCCAGUUAAGCAAUACCUUCAUUUCAUAGAUUUCUCGAGCGCUCUAAGCCCAAAAUGCGGCAAUUUAGUUUUAUAUUGAUCACACACACAUAUGCAUCCAGCACUUGCCGUACAACUACAUAUAUAGUUAAUUAUUAUAAGUUAUAUAUAUAAGUACAAUAUAUAUUUUAAGUUAUAUAAAAUGCAAUGUUACUUAAAUGCAUCUUAGAUAUAAUACCUCCAAACUUUACUUUGUAAUGCCUCUCUUGUUAAUAUGCAUACUCUUACUGUGCUACUAUUAUAUAUUAUUAGUAUAUUCUUAUUUAAGUUCAUAGCCCUAAGUUGUAGUAAUAUCAUUGUAUUUAUACAAUAACUUAACGUGCUUUGCACUUCAUAAAAAACUAAAAAUAUAAAGAUCUUAGGAAACGCCUAGUAAACUAUUUAAGAAAUUUAUAAGUAUUACAAAUCAAAUGAUUUGAUUAAGGCAAACUAUAUAUCAACAUAAAUAUUCAUCGAUAUUUAAGUAUAAUUAAAUAUAUUUAUAUAUGUAUGUAUGUUAUAAAAUAUUUUAGAUUAAGACCUUCCCUAGGUUUCAAUACAUUCAUGCAAUUUAAGUUUUUAAGUUUCUAAAUGUCUUCCAAUUUUAUAGUAUGCAAAGACCAAGAAUAAAAAUGAAAAAUGAAGUAUUUCUCUGAACAUAUUCGGAAGAUUUCAAUGUUUCAAUGCUUUUAUUGAUUGGUAAUAUUCCUAACUUUAGAGAAAAAUUCUUCGACAGAUCUAUGGUUCAGUAUCGAAUAAAGUGAAAUGAUGAAGUGUAUAAAUUAUACCGCGACAUUGAAGUAUAUAAACUAUACCGUAACAUUGAAGUAUAUAAACUGUAUCACGACGUUAAAGCAUAUAAAUUAUACCGCUAUAUUGAAGUGUAUAAACUAUACUGCGACAUUGAAGUAUAUAAUCGCAUUUAUUCAGUGGAUUGAACGGCUCGAUGAUACCAGCUGACGACAAUCUUAAAGUGGUAGUCCUCAAACAAUGUGGAAUCACGCAAAACUGAAUAGAUCCGUUCAAAAAAUACAUAAGGGACAGAGCUCGGAAGCUAUAUGCGAAAACCGACAGGCUGCCCUACUUAGCACUAUC